UUAGCUUCUCAUACGUCCUACAUGUAUUUUUUAUCAGAAGUGGACGUUUAUCACCGUUUGUGUACAAUCACAGUAAUACAUAUAUACAUAUAUCAGAAGUGGAAUGACAAGUAUUUUAUGAUUAUACCAUGACUUAUUAUAAUUGCAAUCUUAUCAAUAAACAUGAGCCGAAAAUAUUUAUUUAAUUCGUUACAUUGAUUCGGUUAAAUUCUAUUUAUUUGUUUGCAAAUUAUACUAAUUAAAAUUACAUAAUUAUAUAUCAAUUUUGCAUCAACGAAGUAUUAUGUUAAAUCAUUUUUGAAUCGGUACAUUGUGAAAAUUAUAUUAUUUUUAUAAUACAUGAAAGAGCUAUGGAGAAAAUCAUAAAGUUAAAUGAACAAACAGCAGGCAGAGAUAGACUUGUCAGAUUGCUUCAAUAUGGAAGUCGUGCUUAUUGGUAUUAUGCUCAAAACAUUGGCGUAACACAACAUUCUGCAGAAGUUAUAAGAAGUUUGGAAUAUACCUUAAGUUCAUUUAGAAAAUUAUUACGUCUUGGACGAUGUUUGGAUAGCAUACAUGCUGGUCUAAAAAUCAUGAAACAUCCAGAUACUGUUUUAAGGGUCAUUUUAGUAGCAUCAAAAAUUGCUAAUGCUCUAUUUCUACUCACAGACCACAUAAUUUGGAUUGGUCGUGUAGGAUUGCACAAAGUGAAUAUAGAAAAGUGGACUAAAACAUCUAAUAAAUGUUGGUUAUUAAGUAUUAUUAUGAAUCUCAUACGAGAUAUUCAUGAGAUUGUUAAAAUUUUGGGGCAUGAGGGAAAAAAUGCAUUUUUGAAUACAUCAAAGAUUUCAUUAAAUACUUGGAAACAAUAUGAAAUGUUCAUUCCAAUAAGAAAUCAUAAAGAAGUUGUAAUGGAUACAGUUAAAAAUGGAUGUGAUUUACUAAUUCCAUUAACAGCAUUAGGUUACACUAAACUUACUCCUGGUACAAUAGGUUUAUGCGGUGUUAUAUCUUCACUUGUAGGUCUUUAUACAAUAGUUUAUCCAUUAUAUAAAUUGACACCAUCUUAAAACGCAUUCGCACAUUCUACUUUGUUCUUUUUUUUAGAAUGAAUGAAAAGCAAAUUAUAUCAGUAAUUAAAUAAUAUUUUUAUACCAAUUGUACAGUAGUUUAUGCAUUAAAAUGCAUACUAUAUACUUUUUACAAAAGUUUUCACUUUGAUACUUACAGGUUUUAGGAACUUUGAAAUUGUUGAAAAAACAAAUAAUGAUAAAAGUAAAAAGUUGAUUUUGCGCAAGGGUUGAGGAUAAUGAAGAAUGCUUGUACACAUAAUUGAUUUUGUUAUAUUUUUAUGAGAAUAUAUUUUAUUAAAAAGAGA